AUGGAUCAGAUGUUUGCGAACAAUGGCCAGGCGUUUUUUCUUCUAGACGGAUUUGAGGAUAUUUCCUCCAACUCCGCUCUGUUCUCCGACCAGCCAAUAUCCAUGGAAAAUCCAGAAACAUCGUACAUGAAGAACGAAUAUGAACUCAACGAUUUGAGGUUGGCCGAGUUCAAAACCCUGAUUCCAGCCCUGGCCACGCACCCCGACUUUUUGCAGUUUAAGCUUGAAAAAAUGCUGCGCACCUAUUGGAAAUAUUUCCAUCCCAGGUUCCCUAUUCUGCACAAGCCCACGUUUGUAGCAUCCCAGACGCCAUCAUCGUUGCUACUCUCGAUGUUCAUCAUUGGAGCCAGAUUAUCCACCAUAUUUGACGACCUCUACUCGCCUGACCACAUAGAGGACCCGCAGUCAUUUGCCGACCUCAUUGCGAACCCUUUGAGAUGGCACAUAUUCUCGUCGCCAGAUUUCGAGCCUCCUGCAACGAUCUGGACAAUCCAGAGCCUGCUGCUACUCGAAUUCUAUGAAAAAAACUGCUCGUCACGAAAAAUGCACGAGAGAGCACAUCUGCACCACGGUACCACAAUUCAGCUUCUCAGACGGCUCCCCACGCUGGGUGGCACUCCACAGAAACUUGGACAACCCGAAGAUGUUAAUAACUGGCACAGCUGGAUAGAGGUGGAGUCGCUCAAACGAGCUACGUACAUGUGUUUCUACAUGGACACCAUCGAUGCCAUCAUGUACGGCCACCAGGUUCUUAUAUAUGCCCAUCAGGUGCAGCUCACCAUGCCUGUGGAGGAUGAAGUUUGGGACGCUGAUUUGCAAAACUUCAAGCAAGUUAUCAAGCAAGCCAAGAAACCACAGAAAUUCCUGCUUGUGCUAAAAAAUCUGCUUAAUGGGGUGUCGACGCGAACCAAUGCAUUUGGAAAGAAAGUCCUGGUAUCUGGGCUGAGUGCUGUGAUGUUCCAGAUCCAACAGCGGGACCUGCAACUGGCAUUUGGACUAGAUAAGUUUGGUGCAAGCGAGACUGCCAAAAACUGGCGUGAGCUGAUGACGGCCGCCUACUCUAUCUGGAGAAACGACGUUGGCGUGUCCUGCUGCUCAUCGAAGACAGCAAUCGAGAACGUCAAGGCAUCUUCUGGGUUUAUGGAGCUGUCGCAGAAAGAUACCCGUUGCAAAUGCACGGUGUACCACAUGGCCCACGUCUGUAUGUCGAUUCCCCAGUACGACUUCCUGAUAUUUGCCGGCGCUCCCUGGAGAAUGAAUGUCAAGCCGUCCUCGCCGCAGGAGAGAGACGCAAUUUGCAAAAGAGUGGUCGAGUGGACAGAAACCAGACAUGCCAAAGUGGCCGUCGUGCAGUGCUAUCUGCUGCUUUUUGAAAUGUUUCUUUCGCCGCACGGAGCUCCAGAAGAGUACGAGUACGACUAUGAUGCCGACCGCGACCUGUUUUUUCGGUCAAACCCGAUCAGCAUUGCUUUGCUGGUGGUCUGGACGUAUGUGUUUAUUAAAUGUGGUCCCGAAACAUACAAUCCUCAGCUGCCGAAGGAGUCCGGAUACAAGUAUCUGCGGCGGAUCCGUUCCCAGUUCACGUCCGCAGCAGGCUGUGUUCUCGACACAACAGAUGAGGAAUACACAGGGUCUCAGCUUUACGGCAAGGUGAUGAAAUGGACCGACGUGCUGGACUCGAUACCCGACAAACAGAACCUUGUGGGCCUUCUGAGCAUGGUGGGACACAAAAUGGUGAACGCAAAGUACUCGAUUGUGGAAGAGCUGGGCAAACUCAUUGUUUUUUGCGCACGGCGCAGCUCCGGAUCGAGCCAGAUAAUUCUCUACGACAUGUAUGAUUAA